AUGUCUAUCGCUGAAGUACUGCCGCUGGAGAUCAUAGACAAGACUGUGGGUCAGCCCGUCUGGGUGAUGCUCACGUCCCAUCGCGAGUUCGCGGGAACCCUAGUGGGCUACGAUGACUUCGUAAACGUGGUUCUCGAAGACGUGAUCGAGUACGACCACGACCAGGAGAUCAAAAGGCACGCGGGAAAGAUGCUCCUGAGCGGCAACAACAUCUCAAUGCUCGUGCCUGGCGGUAAGCGCCUCUGA